UAAAUCUUCUCGUACAUGUAUUUACUCACCUACAAUCAAAACCACUUUCUUGUUACAGUACAAAGCCUAGAAAUUAUGCAAAAUUUUGUGCUUUUAUUGAUGGCUUGUCUCUUGACGGUGCGGGCUAAACCACAAGUUGAAUCGUGUGAGAAUAGACAGUGCCGUGGACCAAAAUACUCACAAAGUGACUGCUGUAGAGGACACUCUUGCUUGUCGGGCAGAGAUCCUAACACCUUAGUGUGCGUUAGCUUUAGAAUAACAAGAAUCGAGCCGAUUGUUGCCAGAGCGAACGCCUAUGCACAGUGGUUCGAUGAUAUGGAGAGGAAGUACGUGGGAGUAGAACUGGAUGGAAUAGAAAGGCACCCGGAGUAUACGAACUAUUAUGGGCAACCUCAUCACGAAAGAAGUCAUGCACAGAGAGUAGUUAUACCUCAGAUUUUACAAUUAAAUAACGUGGGUAUCGGUUCAGAAAACCAUGUGAAUAUUUCUCCAGAAGCGAAGAUGUCCAUUCGUCCCAUGAAUAAUAAUGGAAUCAAUCCAGAACGAAACACGCAAGUUUUACAAUCAAAUAACGGGGGUAUCCGUUCAGAAAACCAUGUGAGUAUUUCCCCGGGAGAAAAUAAGGCUAUCUAUCCCAUGAUUAAUAAUGGAAUCAAUCAUGUACCAAACAGGCGAGUUUUACAAUUAAAUAACGUGGGUAUCGGUUCAGUAAACCAUGUGAAUAUUUCUCCAGGAGCGAAGAUGGCCAUUCCUCCCAUGAAUAAUAAUGGAAUCCUUCCUGUACAAAAUAUACAUGUAUUACAAGAGAAUACCGGAGGUAUCCAUCCUCAAAAACCUAUAAAUAUUCCUCCAAAAGGAAAUUCGUUUGUCCAUCCCAUGAAUAAUAAUGGAAUCAAUCCUGUACGAAACACGCAAGUUUUACAAUUACAUAACGUGGGUAUCCGUUCAGAAAACCAUGUGAAUAUUUCUCCAGGAGACAAUAAGGGUAUCCAUCACAUUAAUAAUAAUGGAAUCCAUCCUGUAAGAAACAUGCAUGUUUUACAAAAUAAUAACGAGGGUAUCCGUUCAGAAACCCGUUUUAAUAUUUCUCCAGUAGCGAAUAUGGUCAAUCCUCCCAUGAGUACAAAGGCUAUCUCUCCUGGUAGAAAUGUGGAAUCUUUUCCUAGACAACAUUCAGAUAUCCGUCCUGAAGAGCCUGCGGCAGACAAAAUGCACGUUGCUGUAAAAGAAAACAUGAUCCUCCACCAAAGAAGGAACAUAGAUACACCUCCUGGAGAAAAUAUACAUAACCGUUCUGAUGGUGAUAAAAUUGUUUUUAACCAAGGUAAUAUGGUUACUCCUCCCGACGCACAUGCUCUUCACAGUGGAAUUUCUGACCUGAGUCAUCGAGGGAAAACGGCAGUUCCGAUUAAAGUAAAAAUGGAUAAGGGCAUCUCUCCCUCGUAAAAUGUAGAUAGUCAUCUAAAGGAGAAUUCAGAAUUAACUCUAAGCCAUAAUCUGCAAAAGCGCUUUAGAAAGGAUUUACGAGCUAACAGAUAGUGUACUCAAUAGAUUCUGGGUUCCCGUAAUAUAGUAACACUACAAAUCUUCAAAAUUGCGUAGCAUAUUGGUAAUUUGCUGACGUUUGCAUCUUCAUUAUUCAGCAAUAGUUAAUAUUUUUUUUUUUUUUUCAAGACAUAAUAUAAGCAACAUUUCAUGUUGAAAACAUUGUAAUAUAUUAUAAAAAUGAAUAAAAAAUGAACAAAUGAUUAGUAUUUAAAAUU